UUCUCGCACGAUUUAUGAACGUUACACAAAACGCAAGAGCCAAUGAAAGAAUGGGCGAGAUGGGAGACAACCUUAUGUCCUAUCUAUUUGACGGUGUGAAACGAGCCGAACACUCAGCAGACGUGAACAUUGUCAAGACGCCGUUACAGGAAAAUGUUCUUCGCUGGAUGGCCGUGGCCAUUACCGCCACAAUUUACAUAGUUAUGGCUGCUGUAUCUUAUCUUCUGCUACACUGCAUCAAGCGGAUCUUCACUUCAAAGGCCCUCUUUUGUUAUAUGCCUUGGGCUAGACGUCAAGACAUGAAAAAAGACAGCGGAAGUAGGUCAAAUGACAGCUGCUUACCCAAUAAAAGUUCCAGAAGUCAAGCGAUGAGUGUCCAGAACAUAUUGAAUCGAAGAAGUAUUAAGGAAAAACUCGUGGAACCGCCCCUGGACCAGCAAAGGGACAAUGCUGGAAGACUCAAUGUCAGUGGAAACAGGUCUCAGUCUGAUGACGAUAACUUCAAGAGCGCGAAUAUUUUAAGCGCUGGCCGAAAACAAUUAGAACAUCCCGACCCGGCAGCUUUUGUUGCUACCGUCGGUAAACAAAGUCAGACAAUCCAAAAAGAAAUGCCACAUGAACAGUAUUCCAAUUGGAAUCGGCUACAGGACAAAGAAAUUCAGUCAAAUCGAUGUCACGUGACCACGUCUCAACUUUCGGGGAAAAGUUCUUCUUCCAUGUCAACGUCCAUACGUGGCUCAAUUACCCUCACAGCAGAAGAGGCAACAGUGGCAUUACUUCAGGGCGACUUCAGCGGUGGUGUGAGCUCAACCAGACCAGGGGUCAAGACUUGCUUCCAGCGUGUCAAUAAAGGUAUCAAGAAAUAUGAUUACGAGGCUGUUAUUCGUCCGCAGGAAAUGACUGCGGGAAAAGCUUUUGGUUGCGGUAAAGGAAAUAAAAAGGAUGCGCUCCAUACAGGCAAGACCAUUCAACAAUAUACUACGAAGUCAACUACAAAUGGCAAAACCUCUGUUGUUCUUCAGGCAGUGCAUUCGUACAUAAACUUGACAAAUGACCCUUUGGUUAGCCAGGAAUCUACUCCCGAAAACACACCAUCGUAUGAUCCGUUAUCUAAGACCGUUAAAAAGCGGAACGAGACGUCAAGCAGACUACACUCUCACAACCCACGAUCACACCAAGUCUACCAGAAGAGUAAAAUCUCCGUAGCAAGUAACGCUAGCAAAAAACAAAAAUGUGGUGUGGGUGACGAGAAGGUGAACAGAAGUGAGCUGAACUCUAACCCCUUGUUGUCUCCCUACAAAGUAUACGUCACAUCUCCAACGGAUGCUCAGCAAUGUAACCAUGUGAGGCAGACAAGGAUGGAACAAUUAGAUAACAAAUACAAAAUCAAGAUGGCUAAGAAAAGGAAGCGCUCUUUCUCAAGAGAAGAUGCUUGUAUUGAGGGAGUCCGUGAGGCUGUUGAUAUAUGUGCAGAUCCAAAAGUGUAUCGAUUGCCCAGCCACGCUCAAGACAACAGCCCCAUGAGGCAAGUCAACGCUGGGUACUCGAUUUCAAUGAGAAGUAAGACGAAUGUGAGAAUCCCCAAAUCUGGAGGUGAACACUGCACACAGCCCAACAAAGGAAGUGGUGACAUAGCUAGACCACCUGUGCGUGAGCAGUGGCAUUGCUUUAAUGCUUUGCGCAAGAUCAACCAAGCCACUCCAAAUCGGCCAGUCAUCUCUAGAAGCCAAUCUCUUCUCAAUCGUAAAAAAAACUUCAAGGCUAAUAGAAGUAGCAUAAGAACUAGCAACAAACAUCAAGCACCUAACUUCAUCGCCGCCAGAAAUGUUUCCUCUAACAUGAAUCCUCUUUCGCCUGACUCGCCUCGUUAUUCAGACAGACGAGCUGCGCGUUUUCAUGCCUUCCCGGCAACAUCAGUGCGACAGGGCGCUCAACAUACUAUAGUUAACCCCACGCAGUUGAGACAAGUAAUCGAUGAGCGCCACUUAAGAGAUAGUCGUUUACCUGGAGAUGUCACAAACAAGGCAAAAGGUAAGGUUAGCAACAGUGCGCAAAGAAAAAACGGCCGCAAUGUGAGUGACGAUCCGUUCUCAAUGAACUCAACACGCUUCGAUGUUUCUUCGCUUAACAACCCAAUCGGAGACUCGAUUUUCCCAACUCAAGGAAGAAGCAAUUUGUGCAAGUCCCGAAAGCUCUGCCCGAAAGAUAAAAGCAUCGUUGCGAGAGAUUCUCCUCCUUUUAACACCACUCUGAAAGGCAAGCGCAGUAACUCCAAACGCGCGGAGAAAGUGUAUUACUUCCACUACGACAGCGACAAUGAGUCAUGUGAUGUGGACUUGAAAGUCGCAAGGGAAGGCAGCUUUCAUGAGGAGGAAGAUUUUCUAAGCGUCAAAGUGAAUCCGGGCAACAGCAGUAGUCAGUUAAUAUCCCAUUUGAGUUCACCCCACUACAGAAGCAAUAAGGUACGCGCCAAACCUGUCAUAAUAUCCCAUAUCAGGCUUAGUUCCAGCAGUUCAUCCUUCAGCGACGUUGAGCCUGAGAUUGUAAAGCAAAGCGACCUUGGUGCAAAUUUUAAACAUAAUCUUCAUUUACAACAACCCGACUCGACGUCCGAUGAUGUCUCUUGGGUUCAUAGUGGAAGACCUAAAGAAAAUGUUAUGGUAAAGAAAAGUAAAAUCCCACUGCCAAUAAAGCCUAACUUACAGCAAGUGAAGGGGCAGUGGGGAACGAAACCUCCGGCAAAGCCUGCAUAUAAAGGUCAUAAAUAUGAAACUCUUCGCCACACUCGAGUUUCUACAGUUCACCCUAAUAGAUCAUCGACUUUGUCCAACAGCUACGGGGCAGCUGUAAAAAAUGCAUCACCGUCGACUCAGCAGAAGAUUUUUCGAACGGUGAAGGCGCAACAACGUGACGUUCCUUCGAUCUCCAGGUCACCUGUUCGUAGGUCGCAUCAAAAACUGAACAAAGUCACGCUGAGAAACGAAAGAUUUUCAACUAUUCCAGAAAUGUCCGAAGAUAAUUUGGCUGUAAUUGGUGACAACAGCAGCGAAUGUACUGUAGUCGAAGAGUCAAAGCCAAAACAAAAAGAUAAUGAAAGAGUAAAACAGAAAACUAAAACUGUCAAUGAAGACCAGCUUCUUCACGCUGAAGAUAAGGUCCUGGCAAAUGUAAGAAAUUCUGCAAAGCUGGGGGAAAGAAGAAAUGUAAUAGUUAAGCCACCUUUAAGAAAAACUAUGUCUUACCGACAAGAACCACCUAGUGUUCGAGAUAAGAAGGGUGAUAACUCAGUUCACCAUUUCGGAGCAAAGGCAGAAGUACAAAAGAGGAAACAAGAUUACGACAAAGUUGAACAAGGGAGAGCUAAAGAUCGGCAUGAAUUGGGAAUUCUGGAAGAUAACCUCCGUCACAUGAUAUCCAAAUCCGACAAGACCAUAACGCCUUUUCCCAGUACAAUUGAAACUAUAAAACAACCUACAGUCGUAAAUGAAAGUACUACGAACGUUUCGAUUCCUCCAAAGCUCCACGAAGCCCUCUCUCAUCCUGAGUCAACUAACCCGGCUCAUUGUCAAUCCCCUGCUGCCAACUCUGUUACUAAUACGAACGUGACGAUGAAGAGCUCCAUUCAAAGUGACUACUUUCCCAUUACCUGCGUUACUUAUAAAGAUUAUUACUCUAUGUCCGAAAAAAAUAGUCCGAUGGCGAGUGACGUAAUAUCGCCAAGCAAAAUCAAACUGACCACACCACAUUCUGUCACCAGUAAUUCCACCACUUGCUUUCCUCCAACUAAGCUGAACCUCAGAGCUUCCUCUAACUUGUCGUUUAAUGUGAGGAUUAGAAGCAAGACCGCGUCUCAAGGUGUGACCAGAGGGCAGCUCCCGCUUGGCCCAGGCAACAACCAAAAAAAUGUAGACACGAUUUUGUCAAAGACUUCGCAUUCAGCACAAUUCGACCAAAAAGGGAAUAAAACUAGAGGCGAUCUUGGGAAGGGUCGCAAAGUCGUCAAUGUCCCACUCAGCCCUCAGCGUCCAGUGCUUCAAUGUUCUCAUUCUAAGAGUUCCUUGAGCAGCUUCGAAUGUAUUUCUAUAGCAAAACCAGAAGAGGCUUCGGAAAUCAUGGCAGGUCUGAGAGACACUUUACUUUCUAGACGUCAGAAAAGCUUUAACACUAAGAAGAGCCCAAAAGAUAAUUUCAAAAGAAAAAAAUUGUCAAGGACUGGCGCUGGCGAGCAGAUAUUGGAUACUUUCAACAUCUCAAAUCAUGACAGUUUACAGCACCAGAACGCUCACGAUGCAUUUAAAAAUGUUCCUAUUCCAAUCUUCGAAAGCUCUUUAUCCAAAAUCAGCACAAGUGACAACGAAUCAGCAAGGACAUUGUCCCAUUGCUCCAACCUCUCUAGGAAAAGAUGCUCAUGGAUACCAUCAAAUAAUUUUGAGACAGAGAUAAAAAGUCAUAAAAUGCAAAGAGUUCAGUCCCCAGUAAGCAUGAACAAAUCCCCAACACCCAGAAAACUAUUGAAAGACAUGGAAUCCAGUGAGAAGCAUGUCGUUGGUCAUUACAAAAACGCACACAGGAAAUGGGAUUCAAAAUGCCCAAAAAAGGGAGUUGAUGAAAACUUUGAUGCUUGGCUGACGGCUAAUGCUCAUUCGAAGAUAGAAAAGACGCCUGAGCAUACACCGCCACCCAACAAAAACGCGCUGGGGCCACGUGCUGGAAACGUAAAUGUGGCUCUUGAAUCCGUCCCUAGACAUCUCCUAGGCAACGUAGACGAACUGAGGGAAAAAUAUUUAAAAGAGAUGCUGUCUAAAGAUAUAUAUGAACAGCUUUCAAUAGACGUCAGCCCAGCGGGCUACAGAAAGUCCAUCAUUGACCACUAUCAGUUUGAGAUGAUGUCACUAAACAGCCAAUCGCGCAAACCUGUGGCUGACAAGAAGCCAACAUAUUACAAGCGUGUUAGUCCAUCCAUCGGCCAAGACGCAGACAUCAAUGAGAAGACCAGUAGAGACAGCAUAAAACGGGACGAGAUGGAGAACACUGUGAAUUUGAAAUCUUUUAAAACUGAACUGAGCCCAGUUUCAAAACGCCCGUUAGGUUUCAACGAUUAUGUUAGGAGUGAACCGACCCAUAACAGUUAUGUAAACUACCAUGACGUUGAGAAACAAGUACUAAAAAUUAAUAAUUACCAACAGCCAGAAGAAUCCCCGCCUGCAAGCUUGAAACGAUAUAACCAGAUGUCGCCAAUAUUAAGGUCAGAAUACGGCGUGACUGAGGUUCACUUUGAUGGCUCCACUCGAGACUACCGACUUAUCAACGAUGUCUCCUCUUUGUUGAGAGCCAGCCCUUACGAGCUCGGAGACGAAGAGACAUUCGGCUCUCUGCAGAAGUACAUCGCGACGAGCCAGAAGGCCAUCGCUGAAAGCACGUGCAACGUGGGCGUAGUCAGAGGGCAGGACUGCGAUAACAAGCUUGACGCCUUUAUAGGAGCGAUUUGCAAUCGAGCCAAACUGUACAUCGCGAAAACAAACCACAGAGUCAAAGAAAACGAGCCGAGUCACAAAAGACCGAUGGUGGUAGAAAAUAUUCGUGCAAUAGAGGCCAACAAAGUAUAUUUAGACAAUGAAGCUAGAGACAGCCAACAAAUAAUAGAUAAUAGUAAAAACAAAAUGUGCAGCUAUCUUAAGCAGCCAUAUAAAUCUAGUAACCAGAUAAACGCAUCUAUUAACAUAGCCAGCAUUCUUAUCAAAGACAACGGCCGCUUGUUGGAAACAGAUGAACUAACGCCAAAUAACAUAGAGUCUGAACAGCUAAGCAGGCUUGCCCUCACAAAAUCCCCAGUGCCAAAAAAAGAUGACAUUAAGCCUGCCUGGAGAACAGAAUCGAGCCCUUCUCGUCUAGUUCCAAAAAAAGAAAACGUACAAGUCUCACGAGAUGAAAACGAGGAUUUGGAGUUCUGGACUGACACGGGCGGUUCACACUGCAAGGCUGAACAAACGAGAAGAAUCAACUUGAAAGAAAAUCCUGCAGUGAUCCAGGCUAUACGCCAAGCUAACAACGAGGAGCAGCAACGAUCUGGCGAGUGCCAACUUUCUUGCGUGCAAACACCAACUAACCAACCAAACAAAGACCAGAACCAUAUAAAGAUUCCGUCUGAAUCUCAAAAGCUAAACCAGAUAGAAUCGUCCCGAAAUGACUCGACGGACGCCGUUGACUUCGACAGAUAUAGACGGAGCUUACGUAGGGUAGAGUUUCGCGGCAGAGGCAAUAACAAAUAUGUGACAUCAGCUUUGCGUUAUACUAGAAAUAAGUUUGAAAACCAGAGCUGCUUUCAGUCACAAGCCCAAAAGAAGACUGAAUGCUUUUCGGCUUUGGAGAAGAACAACAGCGCCAACUUUAGACCGAUGGUAGGUAGAAACAGUUGCCAAGAAGGUCUCUCGGAUAUACCCAACUACUGCUUUAAGUGCAGUGACGGUAUGAAUGAAGCUAUUGGUUGCUUGCAUAAUGUGAACUACAAUACAAAUAAACUUCAGAAUACUCCUGGUAUGUGUUUGGGAGAUGAACACGAUGGAAUGACUUUAACGGUCGAUGAAAAAUCGUUAUUGACACGUCACCAUGACAGUCAGGCAAGGAAAGAUAAAAACACGCAACCUUCUAAUGACGGUACGUCUGACAAUUACUCAUCUCAAGCCAAAACAAAAAGAAGGAAAGAAGCGCGAAGAAUCCAUUCCGUGCAGCCUGGAGCUUGUUACUCAUCAAGCGAUUGCAGCCGCGAACGGAACCCAGACGUUAACUCGCAGCAAAACAUUUCAGCAGGUGCGCAUGUCAGCUUUGACUGGUACAAGCCUUCCGCUUCCCUUAACGGUCAAAAAGGCAUGGCAAGUGACGAUACGCAACAGAGUGCACCAACAAGCUCCCGAAACGAAUAUUGCGUUAAAUCUUAUGAACAGCCAAUGUUAGGUCAAGCCAAAGUUUCCAAGGCCAAUAACUACGUCACAUCUGCUUCAGGGCGCAGUAAAUGUGCCAAAAAUGAUCAGUUUAUUCAAGAAGAGCAAUGUGCAGCUAAACGUGACAUUCGCCCAAGCCUUAAUGUUUCGAAUGGCCGCCAUUCAGUGCACUCUCGAGAUCUAGGACAAGUACCGUAUGAGCGAAAUCAUUUGAACUUGGUACAUGAGAAAAAGCCCGAGUCUUAUUUCAAUCAUAAUGAAUGCUCGUGGCUUGUUGAUUCUCAUAAAAAGAAGAGUCAAUUUCCUAGAGAGAUGCCAAACAACAAGCCUCUCUAUCGUGAUCUUUUGGAGAUCUACAACAAAGCUAACCAGACAUUCCACAAUAAUUGGUUGCUCAAGAAGAACCAUGAGCGUGACGAGCACAACGAUGCAAAAGAAGCUCCAAAGGACGGCAUAAAAAGCAACCAUUUUGGUCAAUGUCAGCAAGAUGACUAUACAAGCGGAUAUAAGGGAAAUAACCGAAACAGUCAAUGGGAAAUAAAUGGCCUUCUGGGACAAGGCAAAUUAAAUGAAAAUGAUAGACAAUGUAGCUAUUUAGUUAGUGGUCAGCGAUACUUAAGGCAAUAUAACGGAAAAAACUCAGGUAAUCUCUGGAAGCAAGAUUGUACUAUAUGCCAUUGCCUAGUGGAUGAGUGUAGGUGUCAAAGCCAACAAGAUGACAAUAUGAGCAAAAGUCAACAUGACUUUGAGAGCGAAAGCGAAGAUGACUGCGUGAUCGAAGAUGACUGCGUGAUUGAAAGCCUAGAUGGCGUUAAGGGCCUAUGUCGCCAAGAUGAGUAUACAAGUCCCUUUCCAAAUUUCUACAGGAUCGAAAAUCAGCAAGAAGACUUUAUAAGACAAUGCCAACUCAACAAUGACGAGUCUCUGAGCCACGACCAGCAAGAUCUCUAUUCACGCCACAGCCGAGAUGAAGAUGUGAGACAAUGCCAUCAAGAUGAAUACACGAGCGAAUGCCAAAAUGAUUAUCUGGGCCAAAGUCAUCGAGUUGAUUGUGUAAGCAAAGGCCAUCAAGAUGUAUACACAAGCGAAUGCCAAAGUGAUUAUCUGAGCAAAAGUCAUCGAGUUGAUUGUGUAAGCAAAAGCCAUCAAGAUAAAUACACUAGCGAAUGCCAAAAUGAAAAAGAAAGUCAGCAGGAUGUUUGCAUUAGACGCCACGCGAAAACGAAUCAUCGAUCUCAGCACGAUGUUAUUAUUCCUUUAGAACAGAACCCGAGAAGCCGACAGCUGGUGUCCACAGCCUACCAGCUGCAAGGAGCUUGUAACUGUGAAACUUCUAGCGAGUGGUACUCGUCACCUGACUAGCCAGAUUUUCGUUUCAUGAAAAAUUAGUUUCAAUUUUAAAAAUGUCUAUCCCAAUAUCAAUAAACUUUACAACUAACAUAGGAGAAAUACAUUAUAAAACAAUUAUUAUAAAAUACAUUUUAGAUUCGCAAUAUUGUUAUUUUUACAAGUGCACCUUACCAUUUACCAUUUCAUAGUCAUAGAUUUACAUCUUUUAUUCCAUCCAGUAAGGAGUAUAAAAUCUAUUUGAUAUGUGCACAAUUUGCAUCACUAAAAAAAAAAAGGGAAAAUAAAUAUACACGAAAUAUCAUGUA